AUCAGUUUUUAAAGCUUCUUCAAUUCAAAACAUUUAAAAAAAAACAAUUAUUCAAAAUGUUCAUGAAAAUCGCAAUUGUAUUGAUGGCUAUCGUUGUUGUCUUCGCUGAGCCAAAGCCGGAACCAAAAGCCAAGCCUGGAGUAGUUGCUUAUUCAUCACCAGUCGUCGCCGGAUUUGUUCCAUCAGCCUAUGUAUCAGAAAGCACUUAUCAUGGAAACUACGCACAUCCUUAUGUAUCAUCUGCAUAUGUUUCAUCUCCAUACGUUGCUGCUCCUUAUGCUUAUUCUCCAUACGCAUACUGGAGAUAAAUGGAUAAAAUCAUCAUCAAUGACUUCUAGUUGAAUUGCGUCUGUACAAAUGAAAAGAAUAAUGUUAUGGGUGUGUGAACAUGAAAUAGUGAAAAAUAAAGAAAUAAUAUUUUGGAUUUUGCAUAUAA